AUGAAGCCCGAGGAGGUGCAGGCCCUGCCAGCCGCUCUGGCGGGCGACUUCAAGUCUCUUGAGCCCCAUCUUCGGGCUCUCGACAAGCACCUGACGCUGCGCACCUACGUGGAGGGCUACGCGCUGGGCGAGACUGAGACCAAGAUCUGGCAGACUCUGAAGUCCAACAAUGCAGGUGUCGGUUUCAUCAAGAAAGGCAGCCUUGUCAACCUGACACGAUGGUUCAACUACAUUAGCCAAGCCCACCCCGAGAUUCAGGCCGAAGCCAAGGCCGCCGAAGCUGCCAGGAAGGCCAAGAUUGCUGCCGGUAGCAAGGCUGGCGGUAACUUCGAUCUCGCCCUCCAGAAUGCCGACCAGGGCGUGGUCACGCGAUUCCUUCCCGAGCCUUCGGGCUACCUUCACAUCGGACACGCCAAGGCCGCCCUCCUUAGCGACUACUUCGCCCACGAGGCUUACAAGGGCCAACUGCGUCUGCGCCUCGACGACACGAACCCUUCAAAAGAGAGCGAGGAGUUCCAGGACUCCAUCCGCCUGAUCACCGAAGGACAUGCCUACUCCGACGAUACCGACCAGGAGACCAUGAAGGCCCAGCGUAUGGAUGGCAUCGAGUCCAAGUGCCGCAACCGAACGAUCGAGGAGAACCUCCGCAUCUUUGAGGAGAUGAAGCUUGGUUCGGCUGAGGGUGUCAAGAACUGCAUUCGUGCCAAGGUCUCUGUGGACAACCCCAAUAAGGCCAUGCGCGACCCCGUCAUCUACCGUUGCAACAUUGAGCACAAGCACCACCGAACUGGCGACAAGUGGAAGGCUUACCCCACCUACGACCUCGCCUGCCCUCUGGUCGACUCCAAGGAGGGUGUUACUCAUGCGCUGAGAUCCACAGAGUACACCGACCGCAACCCUCUGUACCAGUGGUUCAUCGACACCUUGAAGAUCCGUCAGGUCUACAUGUGGGAUUUCUCGCGCAUCAACUUUGUGAGGACCCUCAUGUCCAAGCGCAAGCUUGCUUCUCUUGUCAACGCCGGUACCGUCGACGGCUGGGAUGACCCUCGUUUCCCCACCAUCCGCGGCGUCCGCCGCCGUGGUCUGACCAUUCCUGCCUUGCGCGAGUUCAUCAUCAAGCAGGGCCCCAGCCGCAAUGUUGUCAACAUGGACUGGGCCAGCCUCUGGGCUCUGAACAAGAAGGUUAUCGACCCCAUUGCGCCCAGGCAUACGGCUCUUGUCGAGAAGGACAUUGUCAAGGUUACUCUAACUGGUGCCGAUGUGCCCGCCGAGCCGAGGACAGAGGAGCGCCCGAGCCACCCCAAGAACAAGGAGGUUGGAACCAAGAACGUCAUCUUCUCCAACGAACUCUACCUGGACCAGGCCGACGCCAAGACGCUCAAGCAGGGCGAGGAGAUCACCGCGAUGUCCUGGGGCAACAUUAUCAUCCGCGAGAUCACUGGCACCGACAGCGUCACCGCCAUUACGGCUGAGCUGAACCUCAAGGGUGACUUCAAGACGACCGAGAAGAAGGUGACCUGGCUGUCUGCCCAAGGCACCAAGCUUGUUCCGGCGGAGCUGUGGGACUUCGAUUACCUUCUCACCAAGGACAAGCUCGAGGAGGACGACAAGCUUGAGGACUUCCUGAACCCCGUCACCUCCACCAUGGAGCAGGCCCUUUGCGAUGAGGGCGUCGCUAAGCUGAAAGAAGGACGACAUUAUUCAGCUCGGAGCGCCGCGGUUUCUUCCGUGUGGGAUAAGGGUCUGGCCGAUGGCGGCAAAGUAGUACUAUUUGCCAUCCCUACGGGCAGAAAUAAGAAGUCACAGGGAAGUGGAAGGUGUUGUUCCUUAUGGGGAACGCGGUAG